CGCAUGCGUGCAGCGCAGCGGCUGCGAGGCGCCUAGGGGAGAGGCUGUGCUGCCAGCUCUGCUGCGGGGACCCGUUAGAGCGGAAGCACCGCCGCUGCCUUCGCUUUUCCGGGGCUCCUCUUUCCCGGCAGGUGAAGGCGGGAGCCAUGUCGAAGCGGCUCCGGAGCAGCGAUGUGUGUGCCGACUGUAGCGGGCCGGAUCCUUCCUGGGCAUCAGUUAAUAGGGGAACUUUUAUAUGUGACGAAUGUUGCAGUGUCCACCGGAGUCUAGGGCGUCAUAUCUCCCAAGUAAGGCAUCUUAAACAUACACCAUGGCCUCCAACACUCCUUCAGAUGGUUGAGACCUUGUAUAACAAUGGUGCUAAUUCUAUAUGGGAGCAUUCUUUGCUGGACCCUGCUUCUAUUAUGAGUGGAAGAAGAAAAGCUAAUCCACAGGAUAAAGUACAUCCCACUAAAGCAGAAUUCAUCAGAGCCAAGUAUCAGAUGUUAGCAUUUGUCCAUCGCUUGCCCUGCCGGGAUGAUGAUAGUGUCACUGCCAAAGAUCUUAGUAAGCAACUCCAUUCAAGCGUGAGAACAGGGAAUCUCGAAACCUGUCUGAGACUAUUAUCUUUAGGAGCCCAAGCCAAUUUCUUUCAUCCAGAAAAAGGAAACACGCCACUCCAUGUUGCCUCCAAAGCAGGGCAGAUUUUACAAGCUGAAUUAUUGGCAGUCUAUGGAGCAGACCCGGGCACACAAGAUUCUAGUGGGAAAACUCCGGUUGAUUAUGCAAGGCAAGGAGGGCACCAUGAGCUGGCAGAACGCCUUGUAGAAAUACAGUAUGAGCUGACUGACAGACUGGCCUUCUAUCUCUGUGGCAGGAAACCAGAUCACAAAAAUGGACAGCACUUUAUAAUACCUCAAAUGGCAGACAGACGGCUCAGCCUGGAUUUGUCUGAAUUGGCAAAAGCUGCUAAGAAGAAACUUCAGUCUCUAAGUAAUCAUUUGUUUGAAGAACUUGCCAUGGAUGUGUACGAUGAAGUUGACAGGCGAGAGACUGAUGCAGUCUGGCUUGCCACGCAAAACCACAGUACCCUGGUAACCGAGACAACCGUCGUCCCCUUUCUUCCGGUCAAUCCUGAGUAUUCAUCAACACGAAACCAGGGCAGACAGAAACUUGCUCGGUUUAAUGCCCAUGAGUUUGCCACAUUAGUCAUUGACAUUCUCAGCGAUGCCAAGAGGAGACAGCAGGGUCCUCUCUCUAGUUCAAAAGAUAAUGUGGAGCUUAUCCUGAAAACAGUUAAUAGCCAGCACAGUAGCGAGAGUCAGGACAACGACCAGCCAGACUAUGACAGUGUGGCAUCAGAUGAAGACACAGACUUGGAAACCACCGCAAGCAAGGCAAACCGGCAGAAGAGCCUAGAUUCAGAUUUAUCAGAUGGACCAGUCACUGUACAGGAAUUUAUGGAGGUCAAAAACGCUCUAGUGGCUUCUGAGGCCAAGAUACAGCAGCUAAUGAAGGUGAAUAACAACUUGAGUGACGAGCUGAGAAUUAUGCAGAAAAAGCUUCAAACACUCCAGAGUGAGAAUUCCAGCCUCAGGAAACAGGCCACAUCCAAUAUAUAUCAGGUGCAAACUGGUUCUGAGUAUCCAGAAACUUCCAACCACUCUUCCUUAAAGCGACGUCCGUCCGCCCGGGGCAGUAGGCCCAUGUCCAUGUAUGAGACGGGAUCAGGUCAAAAACCGUAUCUCCCAAUGGGAGAGGCGAAUCACCCGGAGGAGAGCAGGACAAGACUCCAGCCCUUCCCUGUGCACAUCGGGAGGAGUGCGCUUGUGACCUCCUCUUCAUCUCUGCCUUCCUUCCCCUCCACACUUUGCUGGUCAAGGGACGAAACCACCCGAAGGGCUUCCAGGCUGGAGAAACAGAACAGCACACCUGAGAGCGACUAUGACAACACUCCCAAUGACACGGAGCCAGAUCACAUGGGGUCAGGCCGAAAGGGCGGGCAGAGAAGUAUGGUGUGGCCACCUGAUAGCUCAGUACCAGAUGCAACAGAACCCCAUGCGUCCCCAAGCCCCAUGCUCCCCAGCACGGAGGACGUCAUCCGGAAGACGGAACAGAUCACCAAAAACAUACAGGAGCUCUUACGAGCAGCCCAGGAAAAUAAACAUGACAGUUAUAUCCCCUGCUCAGAGAGGAUACAUGUAGCUGUUACAGAAAUGGCAGCAUUAUUCCCCAAAAAACCCAAGUCUGACAUGGUGAGGACUUCCCUUCGUUUACUGACAUCCAGUGCCUACCGGCUGCAGUCAGAGUGCAAGAAGGCCCUCCCAGGGGACCCUGGCUCACCCACCGACGUCCAGCUGGUCACACAGCAGGUCAUCCAGUGUGCCUAUGACAUCGCCAAGGCUGCCAAACAGCUGGUCACCAUCACCACCAAAGAGAACAACAACUGAGCAGCAGCGCUAUCCCGUGUGUUUUCUAGGCUUUUCAAAAUCCAAUUUCAAAUUUAGACCCGGAACUCUUCAGAUUUUUACAAAAACAUUUAAUGACAAUUUAAAACUUUUUGAAAGAAAACUCAGUAUUAUUUUUGCAUGUUUUCUAACAAAUUUUUGACUAUUAAUUUAACCCACUUGCCUUAUUUUGUGCCUGUUUACCAAGUUUAGUUUCUGACGUCCUGUUGUGUUGUCUGCGACUGUUUGAGUCAUGAUCGUAUACGCCCAGAAGUAAUUCCAUUGCUCAAAGUUUGUUAAAACUUUUCCAUACCUUAAAACUUCCUGCCUACGGAUAAAACUACAAAUGAGAUAUUUUAGUAAAACAUUUUCUUGAAAGAGUUGGAUUAAAAAAAAUCAACAUUACCUAUUCCCUACGAAGCAUUGUGCAAUAAGUGAAUUUUUCAUCCUGCAAAAUCUCUUAAGUUUGGGGUAUCUCCAAGCAGGUAUGCAGAGAAAGGACUUUGCCACUUUCUAAAAGCAGUGUAACAACCUCUGUUGGAGGAAACAAUGAAUUGCUUCAUUUCUAAUUGUUCUAUCGUGUUAAACGUUCUGUUUGUUUGUUUUUUUUUUUAAUCUUGAUUUUCUGUUUCUAUUUAACCGUCACCUUGAAGCCUCCUCAGAUAAAGAUUCACCCUCCACAUCAUGUCCCGUUUACCACAGUUCAGGGUAGGAGCACCCCCGUCAUCUGCCACCCAUUGUCAAGCCCUCUGCCUUACCCGCUAAGCCAGACAGUUCAUUUAGAACAUCCGGCAAAGAGAAACAUCGGUCUAACAAGCCAUAACUGAUUUUGUACCACCCAUUCAGGUAUCACUGCCAUGAACUGACAUUGCAUUGUACCUCUCCUCCAAAACUCAGUUACUCCUUUAACCACUGACAGCUUUCCUCACGUGAGCUGCUUCGCAUGUCCCGUCGU